AGGAAGGCGCUCCAGUUCCGGGUCAGGCCCUUCUCCCGCCUCCCUCGGCCUCCGCCAUGGCGAGCGGCAGCGGUGCCGGGGCGGCGGCGGCAGCGGCGGCGAAUCUGAACGCGGUGAGGGAGACUAUGGACGUUCUGCUGGAAAUUUCAAGAAUUUUGAAUACUGGCUUAGAUAUGGAAACUCUGUCUAUUUGUGUACGACUUUGUGAACAAGGAAUUAACCCAGAAGCUUUAUCGUCGGUUAUUAAGGAACUUCGCAAGGCCACUGAAGCACUAAAGGCUGCUGAAAAUAUGACAAGCUGACUUUCUGGAGAAAUUCUGGUGAGAUACGUCAAGCUCUUCAGGAGGAUUUGAAGAUUGCAUUGUAGUCAGGAAUGUACAAUGAAAUUACUGCAUGCAGCAGUGUAGAAACAUUUUCCUUUUUAAAAGAAUUAUAAAACCAUAGCUUUAUAAAUCAGAGGAAAAUGGCUUACAGAGAGAACUAUCAGAUGUGUUUACAUCACAUCGUACUUUUUUUUAACAGCUCUAAUGCAUUGGCAUUGCUGUGUUCAUAUUUAUGUAUUCCUUAUUUAUAGCUCUGAUAGCUUUAAUUUUCUAAGCAGUCUGUCUGUCAGAUAUGCACAUCUGCUGUGCCUGGUUGAAGUAUAGUGGAACCCAUCGGAAGUAAUGUAGUAGUUAUGACUUGUUGACAUUUCCAUUAUAAAAUUUAAUUUUGAAUUGUUUAUGCAAAAUAAGCGUGGAUUUGUGUUGUAUUGGGCUAAAAGUUGACAGAAUCUCAGCCACCAUUUGUGAAUUUUGAUUUAGAUUUACGACGUAUAUCAGAAUCUUUUUUAUAAGAGCACAGAAAUCAUUUGUUUCAACCUGCUCUUCUUUAACAAAGAAUAUUUAGUUUUUUAAACAUAAAAGUUUUUCUGGUAGUUAACAGUAUCAACCAGAUCCAUUUUUGUAUUGAUUGAAAAAUAAAACUUAGAAACUUAGAUUUUAAAAGUGAUGGUAGUGCUUAGUAUUGUCAUUUGAAUCAUUUAAAUUUAAUGAAAAUGUUAAUUGACAGUAUUUUUCUUUCUAAGUUUUAUACCCUAUAAAUGAUGGCCUAAAAAAUAAUGCUUAAUGAAAUAUUUCCAAUGUGCAAAAUUCUUUAAUUUUAUUAUGUAAAAAUAGUUUGAGGGGUUACCUAAUAUAUCUUGAGUGGUUAUCUGAUAAAUCACUAAAUAGGAAGUAUCUGUCAACAAAUAUGAUAUUUCUGAAGGAGUAAAGAUUUUCAGUCAUUAAACAAAAACUAAAUAAUCAAGUGUUCUGUAUCAGGAAUUAUAAAUAUUCCUUCCAAGGUCACUUUGUAUGUCAUUAUUUUUUCCCUGAAAGUUUUAACUAAUCAAAGUGAUGAUUCAAAGUGAAUUUUAGAAAAUGUAGGAUAGUGUUAAUUCUGUUCCUGUAGCAAAAUCUCAAUGGAAUAUUUUCCCAAGAGUGAUAGGAUUUUAAUCUGGUUUUAUUUUAGAUUUUAUUAGCUUCCAUUGAAAUGAUAGUACAAGCAUUUACUCUUUAGCAGCAGUUUUGUUCUUCAGACAAAGUAAGACUUAGUAAUUAAGUGACAGCCUUCUGUUGCUAGUCUUGAUUAUUUUGACUUUGUAAGCGCCUGGCAUCUUUACCAAGGGCACUGGAAGGUGUAUUAUUGGCAGACUCAGUUGGGAGACGAUAAUGACUUGUGGUGAGUCAUUUAUUUGAUAGUAAACACUGCAAGUCCUGCAUGUUGUUACCCAUAAAAU